AUGACUACACAAGAACUACGCACCGGAACCAGGCUCUCCAUCGAAGAAUUUCUGUCCCUCGGCGAAACCGACCAGAAGAUGGAGCUCGGCUACGGCAAGCUGUAUCUAAUGCCCACUCCAAACAAAGACCAUCAAUUCCUGCAACACUGGACUCGCCAACACCUGGAAAACUACAUCGAUUCUUUCUCCGAACCACCCCUUGAAGUUCACCACGAAAUCACCACCGUUCUGUCCCGGGAGUCCCACCUCGCCCUCGAGCCAGACAUCGUUGUCAUCCUUGCCGGGCGCACCGAUAUCGGCGGUGUGGUUCACGUCGAAGGCAUACCCGACAUCGUUGUCGAAAUCCUGUCGUCAGACCGCUCGAGAGACCUGGUGCGCAAACGGCAGAUAUACGCCGAAUCUGGAGUGCAGGAAUACUGGAUUAUCGACCCGGCAGCAGAUACCGUCUCCCAACUGGCAUUGCAGGGCGGCAAGUACACCGAACGAGCCACCCUGGGCGUCGACGAUACGUUAUCUACGCCUUUGCUGCCCGGCCUCGAAAUUCCCCUGGGAGCGAUAUUCCGGCACCCUCGACGCCCAGCUCGGGAGGAAUGA